GCAGCCUCUCAGUGCUCCAGCGGCCGCGUGCGCGAACAAACGAGCGCCGCUGUGUGUUUCGUAGCAUGAGGUGCAGAGGACCGACCGGGAACUAAUCGCCAGCUAUCUCUCUCUCGCCUACUGUCGUCGCACGGUGUGAAACGGGAAGCGCGGAGAAGAUGAUAUAGGAGAUAUAAUCGAAGAGAGAAUGAGAAAGAUGAUUCUGCGGUUGAUUCUGAGCAUCCUGACGCUCGGCGUUUGCCACGGCAAUCCUGACGCCAAGCGGCUUUACGACGAUCUCCUCUCCAACUACAAUCGGCUCAUCCGGCCCGUACCCAGCAACAACGACACCAUCGUCGUCAAGCUCGGUUUACGGCUCUCCCAGCUCAUCGACCUGAACCUCAAGGACCAGAUUCUCACCACCAACGUCUGGCUCGAGCACGAAUGGCAGGACCACAAGUUCAGGUGGGAUCCCGACGAGUACGGCGGAGUAGCGGAGCUCUACGUGCCGAGCGAGCACAUCUGGCUUCCCGACAUCGUGCUCUACAACAACGCGGACGGCGAGUACGGCGUGACGACCAUGACUAAGGCGAUCCUGCACUACACGGGAAGAGUCGUCUGGGUACCGCCGGCAAUCUUCAAGUCCUCCUGCGAGAUCGACGUCCGCUACUUUCCAUUCGAUCAGCAGACCUGCUUCAUGAAGUUCGGCUCCUGGACUUACGACGGCUUCCAGAUCGACCUGAAGCACGUGAAUCAAAAGGUCGGUGAUGAUCAGGUUCCAGUAGGUAUCGACCUGCGCGAGUACUAUCCCUCGGUCGAGUGGGACAUCCUCGGCGUGCCGGCCGAGCGCCACGAAAAGUACUACCCCUGCUGUCACGAGCCCUAUAUCGACAUAUUUUUCAACAUCACUCUGCGACGCAAGACCCUUUUCUACACCGUCAACCUGAUCAUCCCAUGCGUCAGCAUCAGCUACCUCUCGGUUCUCGCCUUCUACCUGCCCGCCGACUCCGGCGAAAAGAUCGCUCUCUGCAUCAACAUCCUUCUGUCUCAGACCAUGUUCUUCUUGCUAAUAUCGGAGAUCAUACCUUCUACGUCGCUGGCGUUACCACUGCUGGGAAAAUAUCUCCUCUUCACCAUGAUACUCGUGGGGUUGUCCGUCGUGGUUACGAUCAUAAUACUCAACGUGCACUAUCGGAAACCUAGUACCCACAAGAUGGCGCCCUGGGUGCGGAGCGUCUUCAUCAGAAGAUUACCGAAACUACUCUGGAUGAGGGUGCCGGACGACCUGCUGGACGACCUGGCGGCUCACAAGAUUUACGGUCGAGGUGUGGGUACGAACCAACAGCUCAAGACACCGGGUGGUCUCAUCAUGCAGCAGUCGUCCAAACCGACGAGCAAGUUCAGCGCCGCGGUCGCCGCUGCCGUGCAGCAGUCCUCAUCGCUGCUGUCGUCGCCUGAAUCGGUCAGGGUCGGCAUCAGACAAGGUUGCAACGGGUUGCAUCACACCACGACGGCCCACAACAGAUUCGUGGUCGGCAGCAUCGUGCCGAACAUGGCUGGGUACAACGGGCUACCAACGGUCAUGUCAGGUCUGGACGAAUCGAUGAGCGACGUCGCCGUCAGGAAGAAGUACCCCUUCGAGCUCGAGAAGGCGCUGCACAACGUCAUGUUCAUCCAGCAUCACAUACAGCGUCAGGACGAGUUUAACGCGGAGGACCAGGAUUGGGGCUUCGUAGCUAUGGUCCUGGACCGCCUCUUCCUCUGGGUCUUCGCGAUCGCCUCGUUGGUGGGAACAGUGACGAUCCUGUGCGAGGCACCUGCCCUCUACGACGACACCAAGCCAAUCGACAUCGAGCUGUCCUCCAUCGCCCGUCAGAUGUUGCAGCCCAACAAGCAGCUCGAGAACCUCAUACCGCCGCACUAGAGCACUAGACUCGCCAAUCGUAUAUGUGAACCUCGGAAUUGAACUCGAACUCUAUUCCUCUCUGAUAUCCUAUAGCUAAUCCCUUCAUCCUUCCGUCUCUGUAACACUUCUAUCUUAAAUCAAUUGCCAAAUCAAACAGUCGCGUCGAGACUCGUAUUAUUAUACUUCUCUACAUUAUUGAUCUCAAAUCAAAGCAGCCGCUGUUAAAUUACUCACAGAUAAGGGGGAAAACGUACGAAGACGCAAUGUUAUAUCGCCGACGACAGGUGUGUUGUUAUUACGAUGAUACACCAUCAAGACUUCAUUAAUAUUAUAUGCGUAUGCGAUGAUUCCUAUAAAUACUGAUGGAUAUACUUCGUGGAAUUUAGAGCCGCGAAUUAAUUGUACAUUCUCGGGGUGAGGUAUAGUACACCCCGGGGUUACAUUGUACCGUACUUAUCAACGCGCGUUCAAGCACUGCCUACACAAUCAAUACUUUCGAUCUCUGUAUAUAUAAUACAAACAUUUUUAACGGGUAGCCUCAUUAUACGGAUCCUCGAGCGACGGUUAUUAUUAUUACAUGCUAUACAUAACAAUGGUACGAUGUUGGUGUUAUUUUUAUUAUAAUAUCAAGUAAUAAUACAGCUGCGUGACGAGAAUUUUUCACGCCCCGUCAAUUCGAUGCAAUUCAUGUAUACAUUGUCCGUCGCGUUUUUUUUUUUUUUUUUCGUUUUUCGCUGCAGUUUAUUGAUUAUAUUGUAAUACGUAAAAGUCGAGAGUCAGAGAAACUGCUUGUAGGUAGACGAGAGAGGAGAUUCUUGCAUUAGUGAUUCAGCGGAGCUUUCGGAACAUCUCGAAGAUUCAAAAUUACUUCUAGAUCCAGGAAAUCAAGGCUGAGUAUUAAACUGUAAAAAUUAUUUGUUAGGUAUAGGCUUAGGAAAGCGAUAAUACACGUUACGAUGAAUUGAAGAGAGAAAAAAACGGUUACUCAAAAUACAAUAUCUCGCGCAUCUGUACUGACUGGAAUAUUUUAUAAACACAUACACGUUAUAUAUAGCCUUUUUAUACUGUACGCAUAACAAUCCAAUACUUACUUUUGAGUUCUGUUCUUCUCACAAGAUGGAGCAACGAAACUUUGAAGUGAAUAAUCUCUGUGUCGGAUCUCAUUUUCUCGGUUGAAGCCACGUAUAUACCUAUAAACCUAUACAAUUAAAUUAUGAUACAAAUGUACAUAUAUAUAUAUAUAUUGAAGCGUUUGCAUUCCACGUCGUAUUAUCGAUUAAUGGAUUCGUGUAAGCCAAAGUAAUAUGUCGCGACGAAAAGGCUUGUAUUUCGCAAUAUUUUAUACUCGUAUUCGAAUCCUCCAUACGUAUUAUGAUUUCAAUGUAUGAUCUCUCGCGAAACGCGUACGCGUUUGUACUCGUGCGGGAAAUGAAUCUCAUCCGUUUUUAUAUGUAUAAAUGCCAAAUCAAUUCGAUUAUAUAUACAGUUCUUCAAUGUGUAACCACGGUUGAUGAAUUUUUUCCUCUUUGGAUUAUUUGCACACGGUAUUGAAGCGGUUCAUUGCUCUGGAAAUAAAAAAAAAAAAAACAAGUGUUUCAAUUGACAUUUUAUCGAACGUGCCAAAUUUUAAAUGAGACUGUGUACGGUAUGCAAAUAUCCUGAGCGGAAUGUAAGUUGCGAAGUGGGCAUAAAUUUUAAUGCUGUUAUAUGAGUAUAACGAUGUUUCUCAGAGAUUUUAUUAUAAAUAUCUGUUUGCGAAGUAGUACUGUACGUUCGAACUAGCAACUUGAUUAUUUUAUCGGUAAUCGUUACGGGAAUAUGUAUUGUCCAUCGGAAUAAUCAAUUGAAGUAUCAAAAAAAAAAGUAAAGCAGGAUUAUGGGUUUGCAUUAGAAUUGAAUAAACUAAAGUUAGAGUGAAAGCGGUAAUGAACAACAGUUUUUAACAAAUUAUUACGUUUAUUUCAUAUAAUUAUAUACUCAACUAAAAUAUGCGAUACUGCAGUUUUAUAAUUUUUUAAACGUAAAUAAAACUUUGACAGUAAUCUGUAAAUCAAUAUUCUUAUCAUAUAAAAUUAUCGCAAAACUAUUGAAUAAAAAAUAUAAAAAGUAACGUAAAGGUAACUCUGAAAAAAAGUAGACGUUGAGAUAUCGUUCCAAUGCACAUGACAAGUGUGCGGCUCUUGAUUUUCUUCGUGCAUUGCGACGAUAAAUUAAUUUAAAGUAACCCAAUCGAAUGCAACCUAAUCUUAGGUUUACUAGGGCUGAUAACUCCCUCGUUGAUUCAUUCAUGCCCAACCAUGUAUGUAUACCAAAACUUUAACCAUUGGAUAAAAGUUUAAUCAUCACGAUUGUAAACAAAAAGCAU